UAUGUUUUAGAGAUCAUCAAAAUAAACGGCCACGGAAAUCCUAUUUGAGUGAGUGCAGCGUUUGCCUGCUCCGGUAGUGGCUACGUGUAAAUCUAGGGGAAAAUGGCAGAUAGAAGAACUAACAAUGUUCCAAACACUGGAGCAAAUUUAUUGUUCAGCGCUGCUCCGGAGUUUAACUUCAACUUGCCCUUCAUACCAGUGAGUCAGGCCACUGGUCCGGCGGUGUUGUCAGGAGACGAUUCUGCUGAUGUUGGUGAAGAAGACAGCUUCCUUGGGCAGACCUCUGUGAAUGGACCACCCCGCUCUACAUUUAACUACUUCUCAAGCCCUGCAGCCAGCAGCGAUCCAUUUGCCUCAAUCGGCCAGUCGUCAUGCCCUUCGCCUUCUCUGUCGGCACCGCAGAUGACAUCAGGCUCCGUUUCUGUUCCCAGCAGUGUUAGCAUGGCUCCACCUCCGCUCGCACCUAUGGGCUCUCAAAUGAACCCUGCUCCUGCCCUUCCAGCAUUUGGCAGUGGAGUUUAUCAGAGCCCCGUGGGACGCCACACUCCUCCCCCGACCACAAUGACCCCACCACCUCCCCAGAUGCAGCCACAGACUCAUAACCCGUACCGACACACCCCCAUCAGCAGCAGAGCGAGUCCCUAUAUCCCCGCCCCGGAGAUGAUGGCGCCAACGCUCGCACCUCAGCAGAAUCCUUACUCCCUCAACUCUCCACCACAGACGUUCCAGAUGUCAGGACCUGCAUUCACAAAGCCUCCUCCUACACAAAUCCAAGCGCCUCCACCUCCAGCCAGCACUGCUGGAGCAAUAGUUCCCACAAGCCCCAUGAUGCCAUACAACUACAAUGUUUAUGAAGCUGUUCAGCCUCACUGGUUUUACUGUAAGCAGGUGGAGUCAAAGAGUGUUUGGCUUCCAUUCAGCAUUAUUGACUCAAUUCAGCUGGAGGAGACCUACAAUUCAGUUCAGCCAGACCCAGAAAGUGUGAUUGUACGUACUGAUGGAGGGCGUUAUGAUGUGCAGCUCUACGAUCGCAUGAGAAAUGCAGUAUACUGGGAGGAGGAGCAAACGGAGGUCCGGCGCUGCACCUGGUUCUACAAAGGGGACACGGAUAGUCGUUUUAUCCCAUAUUCCGAGGAGUUUAGUGACAAGCUGGAGGCAGAGUACAAGAAAGCUGUCUCUACUAACCAGUGGCACCGUAGACUGGAGUUUCCAUCAGGAGAGACCAUUGUUAUGCACAAUCCAAAGGUGAUAGUGCAGUUUCAGCCUUCCUCCCUACCAGAUGAGUGGGGCACAACACAGGAUGGUCAGACCAGGCCCAGAGUGGUGAAAAGGGGGAUCGAUGAUGACCAUGAUGAAGUGCCUGAUGGUGAGCACUCCAAAGUGGAUCAUCUUGUGUUCAUGGUUCAUGGAAUUGGUCCAGUGUGUGACCUGAGGUUUAGGAGCAUGGUCGAGUGUGUGGACGAUUUCCGUAACGUGUCGCUAAAGCUGCUGCACAGUCACUUUAAGAAAUCGCUGGAUGAGCAAGGCAUAAGCAGGGUGGAGUUCCUGCCCGUCCAGUGGCACACAGCGCUCCACGGAGAUGCCACAGGAGUGGACAGGAGAAUAAAGACGAUCACCCUGCCCAGCAUUGGACGAUUGCGUCACUUUACCAAUGAGACGUUGCUCGAUGUGCUUUUCUACAACAGCCCCACUUACUGCCAGACCAUCAUGGACACAGUUGCUCAAGAGAUUAACAGACUUUAUGCUCUGUUUAUGAAGAGGAACCCAGACUACAGCGGUAGCAUGUCAGUGGCUGGACACAGCUUGGGUUCCCUGAUUCUUUUUGACUUGCUGUCAAAUCAGAAGAAUGCACUGACCGUGCCACUCAUGCCUGCGGCUAACGGAGAGGUUGAGCAGGGGGCAGCGACAGUUACUCAGAGAGAUAAAGCUGUCACUCCUCCAGCUGUUGAAGUGGAGACCAAGGAAGAUGAGGAGGAGUUUGAGGACCUUUCUGCCAUAUUGGAACAUCUGGGACUAUCUGAGUACAAGAGGACCUUCGAUGAGGAGAAGAUUGACAUAGAAUCAUUUCUCAUGUGCACAGUUGACGACCUGAAAGAGAUGGAAAUUCCUUUGGGCCCCAGGAAAAAGAUAUCCAAGUUUGUUAGAGAGAGGGUAAAUAAGCAGGCUGCACGUCAGGCAGCCCAGGAGCAGAAAGCAGAAGUGAAGGAGCUCAGUCCGGCUGCAGCUCCAGCGCCACCAGCGGAGUCAUCCGCAAAGAAGCUUCCUGCGGGUGCCUCCUUUUCCUCCAUCCACGUCGACUACAAUUACUUCGAAGUUGGUACUGGACAGGUGUCAGUGGUCUACCACACUCUAGACUUCGAGCCAGUGAAUUUCUUCGCCUUGGGUUCUCCCAUUGGCAUGUUCCUAACAGUCCGAGGAAUGGAGAAGAUUGAAGAAACCUACCAGCUGCCAACAUGCAAGGGAUUCUUUAAUAUCUACCAUCCGCUGGACCCAGUGGCAUACAGGAUCGAGCCCAUGAUAAUUCCAGACUUGGAGUUGAAGCCAGUUUUGAUUCCUCAUCAUAAGGGGAGAAAGAGGCUUCAUCUCGAACUGAAGGAGAGUCUCUCCAGGAUGGGCUCUGACCUGAAGCAUGGCUUCAUCAGCUCCUUGAGGAGCGCCUGGCAGACACUCAACGACUUCGCCCGUGCGCACACGUCGUCUGCUCAGCUUCAGGCCCAGCUCGCCAUUGUGGCCAAUCAAAUCGAAGAGCAAGAGAAGGAAGUGCAAGAAGAGCAUAAGGUUUCUGAGAGCCCUGAGCCACAAAAAGAAGAGGAGCCUCAAGUGAAGGUCGGGAUGUUGAACGGUGGGAAUCGCAUUGACUACGUGUUGCAAGAGAAGCCCAUCGAGAGUUUCAACGAGUACCUGUUUGCCCUCCAGAGUCAUCUCUGCUACUGGGAAUCUGAAGACACAGCGCUGCUCAUUCUCAAAGAGAUCUACAAGAGCAUGGGGAUCCACCCGGAAAACCUAGCCCAUUAAUGAAGCACCAGGAAGUCACAUGUCUGGUUCAUUAAGUUUGAUGAUACUCCUAUUUUUUAAGCUUAUUUUCUAUUCAUGUACUUUAUUGUAUUCAGAUGAGUAAUACAGCUGUAUUAUGCCAUUUGUCUUAAAUUAAGAAGCAAAUGAGUUAGAAUAUUAAAUAACUGGUUUGAUAAUACAUUUUUAUAGUAUAAAUUAUAAGUGAAGUUCACUGAAAACAUGUAUCAUCAAAUCAAACGUUAACAGUGGAAAUGACAUGGUAGCCUUUGAUAAGUUUUAUUUCAUGGCCAAAAUUUAAAAAUAAACCAUUUCCUCCCACAA